AAUUUCAAAUACAAUUAAAUCAUAUAAAUACAAAAUAAUUGAGCUCCUAAUCAGAGUUUCUCUUAUAAACGAUUUAUAUAUUUAAUUUAUUUGGAAAAUAAAAAAUAACAAACAAUUAUAAUAGUAUGGGGCUGGCUAAAACUAUUAAAAUUAUUUUCUCUCUAGCUUUUGUGGUGUUCUUGGCUUUUGCAGCAACCAAUGUUGAGGCAACAAGAUACAUAGGCUAUGAUGCCCUUCGUCAUGGAGAUCACGAAUUCGGUUGCAGUAAACUACACCCUCAAUUCUGCAAGAAGGUACAAGCCAAUCCUUAUAGAAGAGGUUGUGAGGCUAUCGAACGUUGCCAUGGUUAAUUUCUACAAAUGCCAUCCUCAUAUUAAUAUCAAAUGAUUAAUUUCAUGUGUUUGGUAUUUAUAUUCUUUUAUUGUUCAUGUAACUGAUUGUUACCCUAUUAUUUAUGAUAAUAUCAAUAAAAUAAUUAUAUUUAUGUUA